AUGCUGGAAGAGAUGCAGAGGAAAAUGGAAGCAGCGGAGCAGAAGAGCGAGGAAGGGGUGGUGAGACAAUCAGGCGAGACAUCAUCAGCAAUAAGCGUAGAGUCGGGAGUUGUGAAGAAGGCACCGGAUGAUAAGUACCCUGUGAAAAAUUCAGCUGCUGUGCACACCGGGAAGAAAAUGAUCUUUAUCCGUUCCCGUCUCUGA